GUGACGUUUGACCCGGAAGUUGUUUCCUCUUAGAAACAAAACUUCGCAGUUAGCUGCUCGUUCCGCGGAGCUUAAAGAGGCGUUUUGUUUGUUCUUUUAAAGGUUAAAAUGGCUGAAGUGGAGGAAACCCUGAAGAGGAUUCAGAGUCAGAAAGGUGUUCAGGGAAUCAUCAUCGUCAACAAUGAAGGAAUCCCCAUCAAGACGACCCUGGACAACCAGAGCACGCUGCAGUACGCCGCUCAGAUCCACCAGCUGGUGCUGAAGGCCCGGAGCACGGUGCGAGACAUCGACCCGCAGAACGACCUCACCUUCCUCAGAGUCCGCUCCAAGAAGAAUGAGAUCAUGAUCGCUCCAGAUAAGGAUUAUUUCCUGAUUGUCAUUCAGAACCCUUCAGCCUGAAGCGGCUGCUCGACUCUCUGAUUCAUCAACCUUUACGUUCAGACAAACCAACCCUGUUUGUUUGUUUGUUUGUUUGUUUAAAAUAAAACCCUCCCAGAAUCAGAACAUGAAGCUUGAACCUGGGAGCUGAAGAAAGCGGACCUGCAUGAUGACACUGAGCUGGCAGGCUGAAUCGGCUCUGGUUCUGGGACUGUUUGGGUUCCUUUUAGCACAAGAUGAGACAUUUCUGCAGACGUAGAAAACAGAGCAGAACCAGAACCAGCUGAGUCCAGACUUUAUGUUCCAGAUGUAUUUAUUAUUUCAUUAGAAAAUAAGGUUGAAGCAUAGAAGGAACGACACUUUACUUUUUCUUUCAUCUGUUUUUGUUUGUUACUAAUGAAAAAAAUAAAAACUACAAAUGAU